AGGGUGAGACAGGACCUGCAGUGGCCUAUGCUGGCUCAGAGUCAGUUCUCAACGACACGGACUACAUGGAAUAUCCUGACCUUCAGAUGUUUCCGGCUAUUGGCGGGGCAAUCGUCAUGGCUUUCAACCUACCCGGGGUGUCCAACCUAAACCUAAAAAUGAGUGACAUCGUGGGCAUCUACAACGGGUCUAUCCAGCACUGGAAUCAUUCGUCUCUUGUCGACAGCAACCCCGGCACCAAGAUGCCGGCCCAACCCAUCCAGGUGACUGCUCGACGGGACAAGUCUGGAUCCACAGAGCUCUUCACCUCCUGCCUCAGCGCCUCCGAUCACAAGCUGGAAAAACACGUUUGGGACCUUCAGUGAAGGCUUGAGGGACGAUGACUCACCUUAUGUGUGGGACCCACAGGUAGUCACGCUGUUUGGAGAGACCAACAGAGGAGUGUCUGGUCUCAUCCUGUCCACGAAGUACUCCAUAGGUUACUUGGGGCACAGCGAUGCUGUCACUGGGAAGCUGCCCUACGCCAGGGCUGCAGAACAAAGCUGGAAACUUUGUGGAUGCCACACCAGUAAAUGUCAGAAGUGCAAUGGAUGACUUUGCCGGAACAUUCACCGACCGCAUGACCACAUCGCUAGUUAACCCACCCGGAGCUUUCUCCUACCCGAUUGCCUGCCUAUAGUUACCUCAUUGUGAGGAAAACAACGAUGACAGACUGUGUUGUUGCGCGAGAACUGGUGCGGUACAUCGAGUGGUUCUACACGGACACCAUUCCCCGCACGGAAUGUGAGAACCUGCACAUGGUGCCUGUGACAACCACAGUGUCCAGUCUGGUCAUCGACAAGGUGCUGAAGACGAUGACGUGUCAGGACCACAAUGUCUACAGUCUGGUGCUUGCUGACCUCCAGUACGAAGAGAUCGCAUCUCAGGAGUGGAGACUACCCGUCUUCAUAACGGUGCCUAUUUUCAGCUUACUCUUCAUUUGCUUGCUGCUGUACAUGGUUCGGGACCAAAUUCGUCUCAACCGAGCCCUUCUUACGGAAUGAGUGGAAAAUAAACAGCGAUGACAUCGUCUUCGAUGGCGAACAGGACAACGAGAACAGCCAGUCGUUUGGUUCGAAAGCUGCGAUGAAUGGCUCAAGAAAUAAAGUCUAUCCAUCCAUCAUCUCUCUGGACUCGGACAACUCCCACCUGCAGGCCAUGUCCAUGAGGGCGGGAUUCCGCACCGGCAGGUGGCGGGGGCGGCGCGUGCUGCUGGUGGAGCAAUACGUCUUGUCACGUGCUGUCAACUUGCGCAUGCGCCGUGCCAUUCUGUGGAUGCGCGAUCAGGUGCGUCACGCAAACAUUAGCGAGUUUUGUGGACUGCUCCUACAGGACGGGCUGUACUCUACAGUCAGCAACUAUUGCUCCAAGGGAGACCUACAGAACCUCCUUCAUGGAACAAGGUACAACAUUGACAACAACUUCAAAGUUCUCCUUAUGUCUUGGUAUCGCGAAAGGUAUGGCGUACCUUCACAGUCAGAAACUCAUUCACGGCUCCCUGACUUCAAGCAAAAUUUUCAUCGACGAUUUGUGGUCUGUGAGGGUGAGUAGUUGGGAGGCUCACACACUGGCCGGCUAUCAAGGUAAGAGUUUACCGCCCCCUGACAUGGGAAUUGACGAGUGGGCCAAGGAGGAGUUCUGGACAGCACCUGAGCUUCUGAAGGGCCGGACGCCUCCCACAACCCACAGCGACGUCUACAGCUUUGCCAUCGUCAUGCAGGAAAUUUUUUCCCGUGACAUUCCGUACGCAGAACAAAGCAACUUUCAGUCCCCGAGAGACACUCUGGAACAGAUUGUAACCAUUUCUCUGCGGCCGGUGUUUACGGCAGACACACCCCUGGGAGCCCGAGACAUCAUGCAGAGAGCCUGGGACAUGGACCCCCUGGGGCGUCCCUCCUUCCAAAGUAUGGUGGGCUCUAUCAGAAAAGCAUGUCCUAAGAUCAGGUCUGUCAUGGACAGCAUGAUGGACUCACUCACUCAGUACGUGGGCGAGCUGGAAGAGAACAUACAAGUGAUUCACCGAUCACUGGAAGACAAAGCCAAGGCAAAUAAUAACAGUCCUGUAGAUGAGAGUCAGGCGAGCACAGACAAGACGGAAGUUCUCUCCAGGUUUCGGUCACUUCCGCCGGAAGUUGCGAGGAUGCUGGGACACAAGCAGUUACAGACCCAGUUGUAUGAGUGUGUUACAGUGUUGGUGUCAUGUCUACACGGGAUGGACAAGUUACUGAGAGUGUCUACUCCUCAGGAUAUUACUGACAUGCUGACCGAUCUGUAUCAAGCUGUGGACGGACUACUUAGCGAGAGAAGUGAUGUCCUCAAAGUGCACGUGCUGAACGACUCCUACACCCUCGUAACGGGGCUGCCACAGCGCACGUGCGAUCAUCUCAAAACCAUGGCAACCCUCGCCCUGUCCAUGCUGUCCAUGGCCAGAACUUUUACAAUAAGACACCGGAGGGAGGACAGACUGCGCAUGCGUAUCGGGCUGAGUACCGGAAGUGUCAUUGCUGGGUUGGUGGACAGCAAGCCAAGCCGACUCGUGGUGUUAGGAGAAGCCCUGACUCGAGCUCAGUCGAUGGCGGCGACGAGUCUGCCGAUGACAAUCCAGAUGCCAGAAGCGACGUUUACUCAGAUCAGCGCCCUGAGGACCUUCACCUGCGUGGAGCGCAAGGUCCCGGCACCCGACCAGGACAAAAAACAACCUUCUCCACAAUCCUACUGGUUGAUUGGAUCCAAAACGAUGACGGAUACUUUUUACCCGGAAUCCUUGUGAGCAAAUUAGCAGCUGCUCUGUGUUUUACUUUCCAUUAAACUUCUCAAAUUCCGACAUAGAAUCCAUCCAAGUGCUGCGCGAGUUCCGGGUUCGGUUCCGAUUUCCCCACAAGUUCCAGGGAAAAGCCACCACGAGUACGAAGCAGCUUCAGUGAUGAUAUUUGAGGAGAGGCCUGGCUGAGUCAUCGGUGUUGACCAUCAAGCCAGCCAUGAUUUCUUGUGUUCCUGAUCACAGAUGUACCUUUACCUUUGUCGUGUGCAGAGGCAGAUAACUGAAUGUAGCAUGGAGGACAAAGAGAAAUCGGGGAUAGCCUCAAGAAGCCGAGUAUUCACUUUUGUAAACUCAACAUAGGUGAUCAACACGAGUUUUCUUGUGAAUCCCCCUUUUUCUGCUCAUCCUCGUUAUUAUUAUUAUGAUGAUGAUGAUGAGGAUGAUGAGGAUUAUGAAGAUGAUGAGGAUGAAGAAGAUGAUGAGGAUGAUGAGGAUUAUUAGACAUUAGUCAUUAUUUUGAGAUUUCCGGCUUUGCAUGGUGGUCAAGCUGUCACAGAAUAUUGUCAGAAUAUUCAUAUUUUUGUAAUUCUGUAAGUUUAUAACUCUAACUCUUUAAACUAUAACUGUCAGCUCUAACUGCAAGAAUUAUUUCGCUCACUUGUCUACCAGCCUCUUUGCCCUGUAUCUGUAACUUCUUUCCUUCUUCAGUUUCUAUUCCUCCUGCAAUUUUUUCUCUGUUCUUUUUAUGUUUUGUGUGCGGCCUGGGAUGUCACUGGUUUAUCGUAUGUCCAAAAAGGAAGUUUACCUUUCAUUUGAUAUCAGUUUCUAUAUCGAUGGGACACAAAUUACUGGUUAAACGCCGAAUUUUCCCAUAAUUUAUUUGUUGUGUGUCUGCUUUGCCUUGCUUUGCCUUGCCUUGCCUUAUCAUGAUUGGAAUUCAUACUGCCUGCUGUACAGAAAAGGAAAUGUGAUGAAACAGUCAAGCCUAGUUAAACAUUUUGUGCGAGUGGAGUGGGCACAGAAACCAAGAAAUAUAUGCGAAAGGACAGAAAAAAAUCAACAAUUUCAUUAAAAAAAACCCUAGCUAAUAAAUGAGCGUUGUUGGGACUAUCGAUGAGACAUAAAUUUUUGUACAAGAUUUGUCUAAAUGUAUGUGUAACAACAAAAUACACAAAUGUUGUGUAAGUUAGUUUAUUUUAUUUUGGAUUUUAUUGUUCCUCGCAAAUAUCAUGUUAUUCCAUUUCUUUAAGUCAUUUUUGGGCUGAUAAAUAAAUAAGAGCCUAAUUAUAAUGUACAUCGAAGUAAUUAGGACACGUCAUGCUGUCGAGAAAAUAUUGACUUUUUGACCCCUGAUUUGUAUUGAGAGGCCGAGUCACGAGCGUUUAAAUAAACGGAAGUGAUGUCACCA